GGGGGUUGUAAAGCAGGGAAUCUCCUGUGUGGACUAGUCUUUACCCAUUGUUCCUCACUCUACCUUGGAUUAUCUUCGUUGUUGACUGGGGACUUUUGGAUGGCACUAGUCUGGGUGAAAGGGUUUGCCAGCUUUGGGCAAGGUUUAGGCGGUGUGUGUCCGGGACUAGAGUGAAGAGAGGGAGAAGAAGGGAGGAGGAGGAGGAGGAGAACGAGGGGGGAUAGCAGUUUUUCUUCAUCCUUCUUUUCUGCAGACUGAAGGCAUUUCCCUGAGAGAAUGGGGGCAGGAGCGCUCACCAUCUGUCACAACAAGGCUGCGGUGCAGAUCAAGCAAGACAUGAAGAAGAUGGUCCAGCUGCCCAUGCUGAGGGGGACCUCCAGGGGACCUCCAGGAGUGGAGGCCAGGGGCGGCAGGCUGUUCGGUGUGUCCCUGCUGGAGCUCAGGGAGCUGGGCCUCGUGAAGGAUGGCGUGCCCCUGGUGGUGCGGAGCAUGGUGGAGUUCCUCCGAGAACAUGCCCUUCAUCAGGAGGGUCUGUUCAGGGUCAACGGUAACGUACGGGCGGUGGAGGGGCUUAAGCAGCGGCUGGAGAACGGUGAGGACGUGGACUUCCUGGUUGAGGCGGAUGUGUGUACAGUGGCCAGCUUGUUCAAACAGUACCUCAGGGACCUGCCAGAAGGCCUGGUAGACUCCAGCAUACAGCCUGCCCUUAUACAGCAGCACCAGGAGUCCAGUGAGGAUGGUUUCUGCUCAGACCUGAGGGUCUUACUCCACCAGUUGCCAGACAUCCACUACAGCCUCCUGCAGUACCUCUGUCUCUUCCUCACCCUGGUGGACCAGCGCCACAAGGAGAACCGCAUGACCGCUCUCAAUCUGGCAACUGUCUUCGGCCCCAAUGUCUUCCAUGUGUCCUCUGGGUUCGAUGGGAUCCAGGAGCAGAACAUCUGUAAUAAGAUCAUGGCCAAGCUGAUCCAGAACUACAGCAGCAUAUUCAACAACAACCACCAAGAUGACGACCAUAUAGACGAUCACUGUGUCUUCAGUAGAGAUGGAGACAGAGGAGACCAUAUAGAAGAUCACUAUGUCUUCAAUAGAGAUGGAGACAGAGGAGAAUACAUAGAGGAAUCUCUACCUUCUAACAUCAUCAUUGUUAAAGAGGUCAAGGAGAUCCCAGUGAAUAGGACAGAUACUGAGUCACCGAAAACACCCAGAACCACAUCAAGAACACCAAGCACUCCCACACACACUCAAAAGACACCGAUUCCAGUUCCCAGAAAGAAAGAGGCUGCAUCCAACAGUCCACCAGAGAACACUGAGCCAUCAAAAGAACUAUCCAAUGAAAACCCAAUCAUAACCCCAAGGAAACAGAAGGUGAGGAAAGUAAAGCGCGAGACAGCGACGGUGCUCCGAGCCGUGCCCCUUCCCAGUCUCUCUCCUGGGCUGCCCCAUGUGAGGCCCCUGCCCCUGGUCCUACCUGUUCCCCUGGCCCCGGAGGUGAGGAGCCCCAGCCCUGAGAGGAUGGAGCAGACCCCACCGGGGGCCCCACAGGACGUCAGCGAGGUCAAGACCAUGGAAACCCUGAACAGCUCCCAAGAGGAAGACAGCAGACCCAUAUCUCCUUUCUACACGAGCAACCACCUCUCAUCUAUCCAGUGUAGAUCUGACCUGACUAAUGUUCUGGAGAGGACCAUCAGGUCGGCGGUGGAGCAGCAUCUCUUUGACGUGCACAUGUGCGGAGGAGGUCAAAGUACGACGGAGGAUUCCGAGUCGACCGGGUGCUCCUCGUCGCCCGAGGUAACCCUGACGGCACGGCAGAGACGUCGGCACCAGAGGGAGCAGGAAGAGGCUCAGAGACACCGGGACAGGAGCAGAGGAGACGUCAACAAGGAGAACAUCCCAGAGGCCGGCAGCGUUAGCGGAGCUAGCAGCUGUGGCAUUAGCGUUAGCGUGGUUGAGGAAGGAGGGAGGAGGGACUACCAGACUAGCCAGGGAGGGCUCCACCACGAGGGCCCCAGACCCAGGAAGCCUAAACACAGCCACUGCCACCAGAGCCCCAUGCUAGGCCAGCUUAUUGACAACCAAGAACCCCACGCGCUAAAAGAAUGCGUAUUAAGAGUACUUGACAGAGCCGGGACCAACAACAUGGAGUCAUCAGACGACCGAAGUGACAGUCAAAGAAAGGACUCAAGUCUUCCUCUAACUCCUUCAUGGACACGACUCAGUAGUAUGAAGAUCCAGGAGCUGCCUAGUAGCUGCGAAACGGCCGACAGGAGGGUCAUCGGCCGGAGUUUGGACCAGGAAUGUGGCGAGAGCUGCGAGGACGUACCCCGCUUGGACCUGUCGGCGCUGACCAAAGAUAACAACUGGGGAGAGCCAGUCCCGGCCUACUCGUCGUGGCAGCGGGAGAGCAUGGACAGCGAGGAGGCUUGCAUUUCGCCCCAAGUGGGGGGCCGCCUGAUUCGCCAGCUGAUUGAAGAGGACAGCGACCCCAUGCUGUCCCCCCGUUUCCACGCCUACGGACACUGCCAGCAGUACAUAGAUGACACCGAGGUGCCACCCUCGCCACCCAAUGCACACUCCUUCGCCAGUCGGAGGAGGAGUUCCUCUCUGGGCUCCUGCGGUGAUGACGACCUGCAAGAGCUGACCUCAGCCCAGCUCUCCAAGAAGAUCCACGGUCUCAAAAGGAAGAUCCACAAGUACGAGGAGAAGUUCGAGGAGGAGCGCAAAUACAGGCCCUCACACAGCGACAAGGCCGACAACCCAGAGGUCCUGAAGUGGAUGAACGAACUGGCCAAGCUCCGCAAAGACCUGAAAGAGCACAAGCUCCACAAGUCUGAGGAGGACCUCCCUCCGCUGACCCGCCAGCGCAGCAACACCCUGCCCAAGAGCUUUGGCUCCCAGCUGGAGAAGAAGCCCCAGCAGGAGAAGGUGCCCAAGCCCCCGGUAGAGAGCACCCUAGAGGGCGUCCAGAACAAGCUGCAGGAGAAGAGGAAUGAGGGGGGACGGCCCGAGGACAUCAAGGAUAUGACCCGGGAGCAGAUCGGUUCUGAGAAGGUGGCCCUACAGAAGGCUCUCCUGUACUACGAAGGCAUCCACGGUAGACCGGUUACAAAGAUCGAGAGACAGAUCAUGAAGCCCCUGUACGACAGAUACCGCCUGGUCAAACAGAUCCUCUGCAGAGCUUCCACCAUCCCCGUCAUCGGUUCCCCUUCCAGCAAACGCAGAGGUCCUCUACUUCAGCCUAUUAUCGAGGGCGAAGCCGCGCUCUUCUUUGACGACAUCAAGGAAGAGGAGGAUGGCUCUGAGGAUGACUCUGAGUCCAACAACAAGCCCCAGUGCCAGAUCACGGGGAUAGUGCGUCCAGACUUUAGUAUGCUGGGCUUUCUGGACCAGCUGGAGGAGGAGACGGACGGCUUCAUCUCGCCCGUCGACGAGCUCUCGCCCUCCAAGAACACCACCGACAUGCGUCUGUCCAACCUGCACUCGGCCACCAUGCCGGAACUUGUGGAGCAGCUACAAGAGGCCCGGGAGGAGAAAAAAAGAAUCCGCAAGAACCUAAGAGAGUUUGAGGAUCAAUUCUUCAGGCAAAACGGAAGAAACGUGCAGAAGGAAGACCGCUCCCCCUUGGCGGUAGAGUAUAACGAAUACAAGCACAUCAAAGCCAAGCUUAGGCUGAUAGAGGUUCUCAUCAGCAAAGGAGAUGCCUCUUAAGAUCAUCUAAAUAAAAGAAAACAUCAAAGACUGACAGAGGAAUGAAUGAGGCUCGGUCUCAAUAAGAGAUGAACCACACCAGCCCAUGGAAUGGAAAACCAUCCAUAGCAAAACAGAUACACCUCAUCAUCCCUCAAAAUAUUUUUUUUUCUUUCUUGUGCCGUCUGUGCCAUACACACGUUUGGCUUCAGGAGAUGCCAACAUGUUGCCCCCUGAUUAAUCCGAACUGUAGAAGGGAAACAGUAUGGCUUAGUUGCUGAGCUGAGAGGUAUUGGAGCUGACAUGUAGGUGCUGCCCUGGAGGCUACUCCAUCUUGUCUGCUGUUUCCCUCGUAUAGAAGAAGAACCCCGGAACUCAAAAUGUCGGGCAUCUUUGAAUGAAUACUAACCUAAUGUAGAAGGCGGAAAAAGAUGCCUGAGCGGAGUCCCCACAUCCGUUUUUUAGGGGAAGCGGAAGUUAGGUUGAAAAUACUGUAUCCCUGAAAACCGGAAACAUCCGCUUUUUGUCCAACCCCGCAGAGAGUGGACCAAAACCAACCUUUUUUCAAAGGAAACAUUGUUUUGUUUUUUAUGCAUCUUGAUAUUGAUUGAUACCAAGAACUCCCCUACAUUGAGUAAUCAUCACUCAUUUAAAGGAUACAUUUACAAUGUGUUUUGUAUUGAUUUAAUUUAUUUUUCUCCUUUGAAUGUUUAUAUGGUAGUUCAUAUAGACUUUCUCAUUGGAUUAAAAACAACAUUAUUUUUUCCCCCUCAUUGUUUAGGAGUGAAGUCUUAAAAUGUGGAGUAUAGAUUAUGUACUUUAAGGUAUUGCCAUUUUCAGAACAACUUUUUGUAAUCAGAAAAAUAGAAUGAGGGGAUUGUGUAUUUUUGUAAGGGAGACAGACAGUUACAAUCGGCAUGCAAACAACCAAUCAGAGAGCCAGUCUAGCAGAGUUCAGCCAAUGGAUGGAUUUUUCAUGUAACUCAUGAUUGGUGCCAUAUACCGCAUUCACGUGCUAGUCGGAACUAGGAAACUCGGAAAUGUUUGACUUGUAAACUGGUUGAACGCUGCACAUGUAUAAUUACAACCAGUUAGCAAGUCGAACAUUUCAGAGUUUCCUAGUUCCGACUAGCACGUGAACGCGGCAAUAAUCUCAAAACGUAAUGAACUAAUGUUAACCUAGGAAAAACACACGUUGUUGUUGUCAUCAUCAAUGCUUAUUUUUGUUGUUUCCAGAAAUGGUUUGUAUUUUUAGCAUAACAAAUAUGAGGAUAUGUCAGAGGAGCAUUCAUUUGUUAAAACUGAGAACUAGAAUGCAAAACAAAUAGUAGUCUAUGAUGUGUUAUUAUGAUCCAAAGGAAAUUACUCAGAUUGCAUACCAAAAUAGUGUAGUGGGUCAAUGUAUACAAAUCAUUCAUUAUUGUGAUCAUAUUCAUCAGUCACUUAUGAAUUUGACUGCUUGUAUAUUAUUUUGCAUUGAUGUGUUUUCUUUUCCUAUUCACUUUGUCUGAAAAUAAGCUAUCCUGUCUUGAAAUCACUGGUAUGUUUUUGCUCGCACUUUCCAACACUGGCAAGGGCCAUUUUGUGCGGAACAUCCAUCCUUAAAGAAAAGUCCCAAUAACUCCUCUAUCAAAAUGGCCGCCAAUCCCCAACGCAGAACCUUCAAUACUCAACCAAGGCAUGCUGCAUUCUUUCUUUAUGUAGGUAUUUUAACAUCAUAGCCUAUUUGUUCCUUGUAAAUAUGGAUCCAGAUCUAUGUUUACAUUUCUAAGUGAGCAAGUACAUUUUUCCUUUUUCUCCAAAAUGGAUAAUUUUAACAGUGUGACUUUCGUUUUUAUUGAAUGUAAAACACUGGUGGACAUAAUGAAUUAUGGGUGUGUACAUUUUAGUACAUAAAUUGUAUAUGUAUUUUGUAUAUAUAAUAUAAAACCAAACAUAUUUUUACUGA